CGCAGCAAUGCUACUACUACUAGUAGUACUAGUACUCCUAGUACUACCAGUAGUAGGAGUAUUGCCCAUAAAGCCGCUAAGGACCACCCCUUAGCAAGUACUAGAAACGGCUUCAGUGAUCGACAUCUGAUGACGAGUCAUCAGACCCAUACGAAUGGCUGCAGGAAAUACCCAGAUCCGUACGAUUUGGACGGCCAGGAUCCAAGCAAGGAGCUCAGAGACUCCCUCCUGACAGCGUGCGACAACUCGCCUCUAGAAGCGGUGGAGAUUGGGUCGCAGGCGCGCGAGCCUGGCGACGUGUACGACGUUCUCCCGCUGCUGGCGAUGCCCCUGCGACUGCUGGGGGCGGGGCGAAACAGCAUGGCGAUUUCGUGGAGGAUUGUAACCAUCGCGGCGGACGACGAGCUGGUGACGAGCGGGGAGCUGAAACUUUUGGGCCCGGAUCUGUUGGAUCAAGUGCGGAAGUGGGCGGGAAACUCGGACUUCGGAUAUGGAGAAAUUGCUGGACCAGUCAACCCUAGGGACCUCUUCUCCUCCCCCUCUCUUGGGGAGGAUGGGGAGGGAGAGGCCUGGGUAGGGCCGUCACAGGGACAAGCUACGGAGGUCAAAUCAGAAGAGCAGGGGGGGAGUGGGACUCUCCGUGGGGAAAGGCGGCAGGCAAGCAGGGAGAGGCACGUGGAAGCUCCUCUGCCCCACGCUCCGCCGGCCACUACUGAAGCGACUGGGGAAGGCCAGUGGGCGGAUGAACGAGCCCGCCGUUGCUGGGGCGUAGGGGCGACGAGCCUGCCCUGUCUGUGCGCGAGCAUAGGGAAAAAGCGCCACAGGACGAUCAGCCAGCCAGCAGCAGCAGCAGCAGCAGGGAGCACGUCGCUGUAGAACCGUCCCUGCGUCUCUAUCAGCCUCCUCGAUCUCACCACCGUCCUCCUCUUUGUCAGCUUCUAGCCGGCCAUCAUAUCAAAUCCGUCAGAUACAAUCCGCACCAGAUUUUGCUGUCACCACCAGCAGCGCCUGGAGGCUCAUCGCCCUCCAGAGAGCUACGGCCUUCCGGGGCUCCGCUCGUCUAGGCUUGGCGGAGUGGAAGGGGGGGAAAGCGGAGGAGGGAGAGGAGGGGGAGGAGAGGAAGGGGACGCGGGGUGUGGGGGAAAGAGCCCAGCAUGUAUAGGCACAGACAUGGGCACAGCUAUUCGGAUUUUGCGUUUCUGUGGAACAGAGAUUGGCUGCAAGGCUCUGAGGAGAUUGCUGCGGGGGCUGUAGCGGGGGCUGUAGUAGAAACUGUCGCAAGCGCUGUAGUGGGGGCUACAGGCUCGGUGGUUGGGAUGGCGGGUAAUGUGGCUGAGACUGUAGCGGGACAGCAGGAACAGUGGUGGGGAAGUGACCGAAGCGGCUGGCACUGUAGCAACGGCUGUAGCAUCGGCUGUAGCAGAAUCGAUAGAGGAAGCAACGGCUAAGCCCAAGGAAGCAGUAGAGGCUGUAGCACGAAGAGUGAAGGAUGUAGCGGCUGUCAAGGCUGUGAGCACACGAGUGAGGCAGGGAAGAGGCGCUCUAGCUGCUGCUGUGGGAACAGGAAAUAAGGCGCUUCUGGACGGCCGCGGUGGAAGUCUUUUGACCUCGCGUGUUUGGACGGGGAAAGUGUACCGUGCAAGGGUCUAGAGU